AUGCCACACAAGACUAAGACCCGACACCAUUGCUCGGGCCAGAACGGAUGGGUUGGCGAUAUAAGCCCCGGAAAUUGCAACAAAUCCGGUAAUGGCUCUCACUGCACGAAGCAUCAAAUGCUUUGUGAGGGUGGGUGUGGGGCGUGGCAUUUGAAAAAUCAAUCUGGAUGCCAACAGUCCAUCGCGAGGAAGGAAGCCGAGGAGCGUCGGCAGCGAGCCGAGCGCCAGCGUCUGAAGGAAGAGGAGGAAAAGAGUAAAGAUGAGGAUUUUUUCAAUCCAGGUAAGGAACGAAAGAAACCUAGAAAAAAGGACUCUGACACUAAUGCUGGCGCCGCAGCAGCUUAA